CGGUCACCGUCACUGAUUUUCUAAAGUUGCACAGAGUCCAGCAGAACAAAACAUAAAAUAUCUAGAGAGAGAGGAAUGCCUGAACCUGAAGGUUUUGAGAGAGAAAUUCACUUCGUAUUAUUAUCUAGAGAGAGAAGGAGCUCUGGAAGUUACACAUCUACAUACAAACAAAUCAAUCAAUUGGGGGCUCAGCUGAGCUCCUCCUCUUCAAACCUCAUCCAUGGCUUCAAAACCGUCGUGGUCAUUGUCAACAUGGAAGCCGAUCACUCGCUCUCCAAUCAAACUCCCAAAUUCCUCAAUCAUCGUUACUUUCCGAACCAUUCACAGAGAGCAGACUCAUUUCACCGCUUUCUCGUUCGAUCCCCGUUCUUCUUCGCCUAGGGUUUGUUGCGCUAGUCAUAAUAAUAAUGCUGGGAACAGACUGAAGAAGUCUGUAGAAAAACAUGGUGAUGAGGUCUCCUCUGGCGAUCCACGAAAAAGUAGUACGAGGCUGAGUUUGAAAUCCUUGUUUGGAAGCCAAUUGUCGUGGCGGAGGAUCGUAUUCGCGUCGAGGAAAGUCAGAAGCAUCAUUUUGCUCAACGUGAUUACUGUCGUUUAUGCUAGCGACAUUCCAGUUUUGAAAGAAGUAGAAGCAAUUAUGGAUCCAGCAGCCUUCACUGUUGUGCGCUUUGCUGUAUCAGCGAUUCCAUUUAUCCCUUUUGUGUUACGAGCACGAGGUGAUGCUCAAACCCGUAAUGCUGGGAUAGAGUUGGGAUUCUGGGUCAGUUUAGGCUAUCUUAUGCAGGCACUUGGACUUCUUACCUCAGAUGCUGGCCGUGCAUCUUUUAUUUCUAUGUUCACAGUAAUAGUCGUUCCAUUGCUUGAUGGUAUGUUAGGAGCCAUUGUUCCUGCUCAUACCUGGUUUGGAGCUCUAAUGUCUGUCUUAGGGGUGGCAAUGCUGGAAUCCAGUGGAUCACCUCCUAACGUUGGAGAUUUGUUGAACUUUUUGAGUGCAAUAUUUUUUGGGAUCCAUAUGCUAAGAACAGAACAUAUUUCAAGGAGUACCGACAAGGAAAACUUCUUACCACUCCUUGGAUAUGAGGUAUGUGUUGUUGCUGGUUUGUCAACUUUGUGGUACGUACUUGCAGCCUGGUUUGGUGACGUCCAAGGGAGUAAUCCAUCAUCUUGGACAUGGACGAUGUUUUGGGAUUGGAUGGCGGUAUUUCCAUGGAUACCAGCACUGUACACUGGCAUAUUUUCAACAGGGUUAUGCUUAUGGGUAGAGAUUGCUGCUAUGCGUGAUGUGUCAGCCACUGAAACUGCAAUUAUUUAUGGCAUGGAGCCAGUGUGGGGUGCUGGUUUUGCAUGGUUUCUUCUUGGCGAAAGGUGGGGAGUGACUGGAUGGAUUGGCGCCGCUCUUGUGCUUGGUGGAAGCUUAAUGGUGCAGAUACUUGGAUCAUCAUCCUCCAGUUUACUUAGCGAAGGUGAAGAGAGGGAAGAAAGCGGUCGCGUAUUUGUUUCAGAUGAAAAAGGUGGUUUAUCUGCGUCUCCAAUUGUUGUCAACUCUAGAAAGGAUGUGCCUGAUGUAUUGAAGAAGUGAUGCACAUCAAUAGCUAUGACUCUACUCCAUUGGAUCAUAUAAAACUAGGAUCUUAGGGGAACCGGAAAAACCUGAAUUUGUACAAGGAGUCUUGUAGAACUAUUUGCCUUAGGUACCGUAUAGAUUGCAUUACUGAAAAGACAAAGCCUUUCUAUGGCUUCUUCGAUUUCCUAAUAAAGAGAAAUAAGACCAACAUCGGAGGAGGCACAGACGGUUGUGUUCAUAGUAGCUAACUCCGGGAAAAUAUCAUGUGCAUGGAUGUAGAUUAUGCCCUGGAAUGAAAGACAAUUCUGAACCAGCUUAAUCCAUUUUAUACGUGACAUAAUUUAUACUUGUACAGUAUUAGAUUGUCAAUGUAAUUUCUAUAUUAACAUGUACAUAACACUAAAAUAUGGAUUUACAUGUUUAGUGAUGGAAUCUAAAAUAUCUUUUGUUUA